AAAAUGCUGGCUGCCCGGCUCGCCAGGUCUGUCUCUAGAAGGCGCGUGGCUACGCAUUCCAUCCGCUACCUGGCCACCAGCCCCCUUCCACCACCUCCACCAUCUUCUCCGCCGAAAAACCCGCCUCUCAAAGAUGUUCCUCCUCCGCCCCCGCCUUCGAAGCCUCAGCAGCCUCUGUCUCCUUCAUCGCUACCAAGCCUAGACUUCUCGCCCGAGGUGGAGGGAGAGCGGCAGCGCGAGCAGACGGGUGCGCGCUCAUCAAAGGGUUCAUUAUCGAGCUCAGAACGACGGAGGCGCAAUAUGGUUAGGGCCGCGAUGGGCGUGCUGCUGGUUGGCGCAGCUGUAGAAGCGUGGGUGAUGGGGAAUGAUUGGGAGGAGGAAGAGUUGAAGGCGAAAAAGAUUGUACGUAAACGCGAGGAUGUGCCUACAACACGAUGGGGUCGCACGAAGGCAAGGUUCACGAGCCUGUUUGAUUUCUUCACUGAGCCGUUGUGGCCAGAGUUACUCCCUCCUCCACAUCCUGCUAUUCCUCAAAAGCCAUACACGCUGCUUGUGUCUGUCGACGAUCUCCUCGUAACGUCUACGUGGGAUCGACAACACGGCUGGCGGACUGCAAAACGACCCGGAGUGGACUACUUCCUUGGCUAUCUAUCGCAAUUUUUCGAGAUCGUCAUAUUUACAACGCAAUAUAAUUAUACUGCCGCUCCAAUAGUAGACAAGUUAGACCCCUAUCAAUUCUUCGUCUCAUACAGGCUCUACCGAGACGCAUGUCGAUCGGUCAAGGGCACUCCUGUUAAGGAUCUCACAUAUCUGAACCGAGAUCUGUCCAAGGUUGUCGUGCUUGACGUCCACCCCGAGCACGUCUCCGCGCAGCCCGAUAAUGCGAUCAUCCUGCCCAAGUGGACGGGCGAUCCGAAGGAUAGGGGGCUGGUCGCGAUGAUUCCGUUCCUUGAAUCGAUCGGCAUCUUCAAGCCAGCGGAUGUGCGGCCGAUCCUGGAGGCAUAUCGAGGGAAGGACAUCCCGAUCGAGUACGCGAAGAAAGAGGCAGAGAUGAAGCGCAAGCAUGUCGAGGACUGGGAGCACAAGAAGCGAGGCCUCUCGACAGAAACCUUCACUCUCAGCGGGCUAUUUGGCGGAUCGAGCCGGGCGAACGCAUCCCCGAUCCCGCCCACAUACCUCGAACUGAAGCGUCGUGAGGCGCAAUUGCAGUACAAGGAAGAGCAGGCGUACAUCGAGGCGAACAAGGAGACGUUCGAGCGGCUCAUCAAGGAGGACCAGGAGGCGCAGAUGCGCCAGAUGUCCGGCAGCACGAUAUGGAGCGCGGCACAGACGAUGUUCGGCCUGCCUCCGCCG